CCAGCGUCGCUGACGCGUCAGAAACACGUUGCGAUAAGUUGUCAGUCAAACAGAAACUAGCCGCCUGACAGCGAAACCUUUCAGUUUGCUUAUGGUUAAUUCAGGUAAUAUGUUUUAGCAGAAUGAGCCGGGCUGCUCCUGUGCGUGAUUUCAGGCCUCCCAGGAGGAUAUGGUGAUUUCUAAUCUCCCGCAUCUCAGUCAGGAAGGAAGCACUCUGCAGAGCUCAGCUAACCCAUCUUUUAUUUAACUGCUUUUCUCUUUAUUGGGUUUUUGAAAAUGAGAACCACGUUAGUCUUCCUUCAGGUCAUCUCAUGCUGCUGGCUGGUCAGUGCCACACUUUCAAAAACCGAUGCAAAGAAGCCGCACAAAGCUGAAGCUGAGACAUCUCCAGCAGAGGUAUCUGUACUGGAGAGAAACCUUGUUCUGUCAGACCCGCACUGGAAAGACAUAGUGAAGGAGGAAAAGAGAUACUGUGCACACAUCAAGAAAACGUUUCAAGGACCAGUGCUCGGAUAUAUUACGCCUUGGAAUUCCCAUGGCUAUGAUGUUGCCAAGAUGUUUGGCCCCAAGCUGACAUCGGUGUCUCCAGUGUGGCUUCAGCUUCGCAGACGAGGACCUGAAACCUUUGAUGUUACAGGACUCCAUGAUCACGAUCCAGGCUGGGUCAAAGCUGUACGCAAGUCUAACAAAAAAGUCAGGAUACUGCCUCGGCUCUUAUUUGAUGGCUGGUCCUACCAGGACUACAUGGCAGUGCUGGGAAGUGAGGAUGAAAUUGAGGAGUUGGGAACUGAGCUGGUGGAUGUUGCAAAGACUGAAGGUUUCGAUGGCUUCACCUUGGAGCUGUGGAGCCAGCUGGGAGGUAACAAAAGAAAGGAACUGGUCCACUUGGUGAAGCACAUAUGUGAGACUUUGAAAGCUAAAAGAUUAGACUGCAUUCUUGUUAUCCCUCCAGCAGUAACAAGCACAGGCCAGCCGGGCAUGUUUGGCAGGGAGGAGUUUGAGCAGUUGGCCCCAGUUGUCGAUGGAUUCAGCCUCAUGACGUAUGACUACUCCAGUGGUGCCAGGCCAGGCCCUAGCUCUCCACUGCCCUGGAUCAGAGACUGUGUCCUCCAGCUUGCACCAAAUGCUCAGUGGAGGCAAAAGAUUCUGCUUGGACUCAAUUUGUAUGGCCUUGAUUUUGCAAGCCAGGGAACAGAGCCAGUCCUGGGGGCAAGGUACAUCGAGAUUCUGCGAGAGCACAGGCCAAAGCUUCUCUGGGAUGAAUACUCUGCAGAGCAUUAUUUCACUUACAAGAGGAACAAUGCUGUUAAGCAUGUGGUGUACUACCCCUCACUGAAGUCAAUCUACCUGAGGAUCUCUUUAGCUACUGAACUGGGAACAGGAAUUUCCUUAUGGGAAUUGGGACAAGGAUUGGAUUAUUUCUAUGAUUUGCUAUAAAAGCUGGACUUAUUGGUGAAGACGAGGGAUCUUGGAUUAUCAAGGAAUUUUCUGUCAUUGAAGUUGGUGCUGUUUUACUUUUCCUAUCUCCACAUCUGCAAUGAGCCACUGACGGGGUUCAGUUGAUGCUCAUUUUAUUUGAGGGUCAUGAAUGUAUCAAGAAAUCUUAAGAAUGACACAAGGGUUUAUUUUUAAAAAGGCACCUGCAACAAACAAAAGGUACUUCAGUAUGUUUUAUUUCUUUUCUUUGAUGAUAUGAAUAAAAAAAACUUGUACAGA